AUGGAGAGAGAAAUAUCCCGUAUCAGGACUCACAUAUCGCGGAUUGAGACAAACCGUGCUAUGGAGCAACAGGUCCAGUUCGAAAACCACGAAAGCUCGUCUGGCGACAAUACCGUUCGUCCUUCGAGUUUGAACGGUUUCGAGAAACCCGGCCAGGAAAUGGUCGAGGACACUGGUCCUGUUUCGCUUCCUCAAAGAAGGAAAAAGGUCAAGCUUCCUGGUCUUGUGCUUGAAGACGGUAGACGUCAACUCAGACCCAAGGACUGUUACGACAAGUUGGGUUACAAGUUCCCCUGGUAUAGAAAAUGGACCAUUUUGACGGUUAUCUUUGCCGUGCAGAUGUCCAUGAACUUCAACACAUCGGUUUACCCAUCGCAAAUCACCCAAAUCGCCGAAGAGUUUGGUGUCUCAGAACCCAAAGCUAAAGUGUCUCAGAUGAUGUUUAUGAUCAUGUACGCUUUUGGCUGUGAGUUGUGGGCUCCAUGGUCUGAAGAAUACGGAAGAUGGCCCAUCAUGCAAUCUUCCUUGUUCCUCGUGAACAUCUGGCAGAUUUUGGGUGGUUUGGCUCCUAACUUUGCAUCCAUCAUUGUGGCCAGAUCCUUGGGUGGUCUUUCUUCUGCCGGUGGUUCUGUCACUUUAGGUAUGACUGCUGACAUGUGGGAGCCUAAUGACCAGGGCUUUGCCGUGGCUUAUGUGGUGCUUUCUUCUGUGGGUGGUUCCUCCAUUGGUCCUAUCUUUGGUGGUAUCAUGGCAGACAACUUGAGCUGGCACUGGAACUUCUGGAUCCAGUUGAUCUUUGGUGGUGUGGUUCAGAUUGCUCAUUUCUUCCUUGUUACUGAAACCAGAACGCCAAUCUUGAUUGACAGAGAGGCCAAGAGAAGAAGAAAGACUGGCGAAGACGACAAUAUCUGGGGCCCAGGUGAAAUCAACGGUAAGCUGUUGACCAUCAAGGAGGUGCUCACUAUCUGGAGACGUCCAUUCGAGAUGUUCCUUAGAGAACCUAUCGUGUUGUUCCUUUCCUUGCUUUCUGGUUUCUCUGAUGCCUUGAUUUUCGUCUGUAUGGAGUCUUUCCCUCUUGUGUACGAGCAAUGGGGCUUUGGCAACACCGCUGCUGGUCUUGCGUUCAUUCCUGUCAUCAUUGGUUACAUCAUUGCAUACGGUAUCCAUCUUCCAGAUGUCUGGCGUCAAAAGUUCUUGAUCUACAACGAAGGUGAGGACUCCAGAUACGCUGAAAGACGACUCCUUGUCCUUCUUUUCAUUGCACCAUUGGAGCCUAUCGGAUUGUUCGGAUUCGCCUGGACAAGUAUGGGCCCCGGCCACAACCCAUGGAUAGCGCCCAUGAUCUUUAGUGCAUGCAUCGCCAUCGCCAAUUACAGUAUUUAUAUGUCGACAAUCGACUACAUGGUGGCUGCUUAUGGACCAUAUUCUGCUUCUGCAACUGGUGGUAACGGUUUUGCUCGUGACUUCCUUGCCGGUGUGGCUAUCAUGUACGCCACGCCGAUGUACCAGAACAUUGGAGGAGAGUUGCACUUGCAGUGGGCCUCCACCAUUCUUGGAUGCAUUGCCAUUUUGGUGGCCAUCCCAAUCUAUGUGUUUUACUGGAAGGGUCCUGCCAUCAGAGCCCGCUCCAAGUUUGCUCAAACCUUGGCUGCCGACAGAAAGGCCAGUAAGCAACACACUGCCACAGAGUGGGAGACCGAGAAGGAAGUCUAA